AAAGAAGGGAUGCAACCAACUUGACAGAGUAAUGUCAAAACUUAGUUUAAUGAAUAGGGUAGAGCUACUAAGGAGGGUUAAGGUUGUCUUUGAUGGGGGAGACACUGAAUCCCGAGCUCUUGCAUUGACAUUUUUUGGCUGCUGUGCUUGUAUUGCUAAGGAAAGAGCAGAAAUUCGGUACCUUAUUCUUUCAAGUUUGAUGUCAAGUGAUGUUCUAGAGGUGAAGGCGUCAUUAUUUGCUGCAGGGAGUUUUUCUGAGCUGUCAGAUGAUUUUGCUUCGGUGUUCUUCGAGAUAUUAGUUAAUAUGGUGACAUCAUCUGAUCUAUCAUGGGAUGUAAGGUUGGUCGGCGUGCGAUUGUUUUCCAAAAUGGGAUCCUCGUUAACACUUGCCAGUAAAGCUUACAAGAUAGGGAUAAAACUGCUGUUAGAUUCAUUGGAAGAGGAUCUAUCACGUGUAUUGCUUAUUUCUCUUUCAAGACUUGCUUCAAGAUCAACAUGCCUCGUUUCUGGACAGGUAAUAUCCCAACUGAUGGAGUUAGUGGAUGAGGUUCUGCUCAUGCAAAUUGGUCUAUCUGAACUUGUAAAUCUGCUUUUCACAUUUUUGUCACCAGAUAAACCCUUGCUUUUGAAAGCUACAGCCCUAAGAUGUCUACAAUAUAUUGCAGCGAGGGAAAUUUGCGAUUUUUCUUCAACUGCAGAUUCAUUGGAGAUAUUGGUUCACCUACUAGAAGAGUCAUCAUUUUCACCUUUACUGCGAUGUGGAGCUCUUAAUCUUCUCCAGAAGAUGAUGCUCUCAUAUGCCUUACCUACUAUGUCGGACACAAUUAUGCUUGAGAUCCCCAAGCUCUUUAUUGUUCUAAAAAAUUCAGUUCAAUCUUCAAUCUGGGAAGAAAGAGUCUCAGCCAUUGGCAUUCUGAUUGAUUUGGCACAGAAUAUCACUGGGAAGAAAGAUGCAGCAUUUCUAGCAUCUAGAAUCAUGUUAUUUGUCAUUGAUCAGAUCAACUGGCUAAUUCGGCAAGUACAGGAUCUUCAUCAGCAAGAUGGACACAGCUUGCUUGGUCUUCUUCUUUAUCUUGUUGAAAAUUAUCCAGAUCUUGGGAAUGUUGAACUGGACAAGAUAUGUUUAAUUUUAGAAUAUCUGCUUGAUUCUUGUGACCAGUUUGAAGGAAAUAACGGCAGAUUUUUCGCAUCAAAGUCACAUACGACACACCAUUUCAUGUUAAACGAGAUGAACGAUCAUCUCGACAGUACUAUACGAAAUUACUUAGCUCAAAAUACUAUCUGUAAUUGGUCCACUUAUAAAGUUGGGAAGUACGCAGCCUCUCAAGGUUCGUGGUCAAUAGCUGCUUUUGCAUUUGAUUCUCUGAAGACCAUUGUUAUGUCAAAGGCUUUGUAUUUAUGGCUAUUGUCAUUGGAGCAGUUGGCUCAGUCUGAAAUGAAAAUUCAAUUUCUUUUUCCUCCAAAACAAGUUGAGUGGAAAAUAAAACUGCAUGAAAAUAUGGAUAGGCUUAUUGGAGCCCUCAAUGGUAUUCAGUCUUCAAGAGAGAGUUUACGAACCAAUGAAACUAGUCAUGGAGUAUUUUCUUUCCAGAGGUGGUUUAUCUCUGUAAGACAAAGGAUUCUGGAGUGUACUCUAGAUAUUCUUAAGCUUUGUGGAGAUUAUGAAAUCCAAGUAGAAAAGAGUAUGCAAAUAUCCUUUCGGUUAUUGAAGAUAGCACGAGAACUCGAUCUAAUAACUUCGUUUUUGUCCUUAGAAAUGAAUAAGAGAAAUUUGGAGAUCUUCCAAGCACUUGCACUAAGUUGGUCUAUGCUGGCUUUCACCACUGGAUUUUCUCUGUCGUAUUCUAACAUUAACGAUGGUUCAGAAAAUUUGGAUAAUUUAAAUGGUACAUUAGCUCAUGACUUAUUCUGCCGCUUGGAACUUGUUGAAGGGGAAGCCACAAAAGAACUCGGCUCACUUUUGAGGAUUUAUGGGCCAACCAAAUGUUUUUCUUUUCUGCAUUCGCGGAAUCGGGUCUCAAGUAGUAAUGGGGAUGCAAAAGGCUUACUUAAGAUUUGUGGUGAUGCAGUUACAGCUGUUGUUGGCAUGGUAUUUAAAACCAACCCAGGAAAUGAUGGAACUAGUUGCCAGAUUCCAUCAGAUGGCUUGCAACUUCUGUUCGAUACAAUAGCAAAAUGGAUGCACAUGCCUUUUCGAAUGCCCAAGCGGUUUUUUCAAAUGAGGCCUUUCAUUUCUUGCGAACUCUUUGCCUCAAGUUCAACUAAAUAUCAGGAGGAGAUUUCAGUCAAGCAAGGCUUCCAUUUAUCGCUAAAUCUAUGCAUCCAGUUGAAGAACAUUCCAGAUAAUUCUUCUUUCCGUCUGACCAAACUUUAUUGUAUCCUUCAAUGUAAAUCAUCCUCUCGUGUCUUGAACCGACAUUCGGAGGAGCAAAUGGAGGUGGAUGGACCAGAAUACGAGGCAGAUGACAUGGUAGAUUUGAACGACAAGUUAUUUCAGCAUAUGGUAAACGAAAGCAAUAGGAAUAGCGGCGAAACAAACAAGAAAAAGAGUGACGACGAAGAUGUAUUUAUCGUGGAAACAGUUGUGUCCUUUGAACCUAAUGAGAGUGGGAUUGGCUUCUCCGCUUGCUUGUUUGAUGUUUCAAAUUUUGGUGUUGGAUUUUAUAGGAUUAAAUGGCAUAGCUGUUGUUUAGACAGUGAAGAUUCUUGUUGGAGCCUUUUCCCUCUAAAUUCUGCUCUUGAUUUUACAGUUGUUCAAGAAAUUCAUCAAUAAAUGGUUAGAUUUUCCCAUAA